GGAAGUACUUAUACUACCUACCUGGUACGGUAGGUAAAGUUAAUAAGGUUGUUUAGGUACAUUUCCAACCAUCAACAUGAACCUUAGAACAUUAACGACUCAACAUCAAAAUUAACAAGUAACUUGCCUCCUUACCAUCUCAUGGUACUCAUUUAAAGAAAACAUCGCGAGGCUUCAUCGAUUUGCAGCAUGUCUAAACACUAUCCCCUAAACGGAAUAGACCUAGACUUUAGUAAAUAUGAACAUCGUCCAAUAUCAUAUCGCGACGUCAUAGUCAACCGAAUAAUGCAGGAGUACAUGUGGCCGAAGAGGGUGAAGUCGUUUAUCUACGAGAAGGCAUUCGAAGAAGAUAGCGCAUUCGGCCAGAUCAAAGGCCGCGACCGAGAACUCGGUCUUGAUAUGCAGGUUCUGUCCAAGGUGCUCAAAACCGACUACAGCUCGUCCUUCGCUGGUCUAGAACUACGCUACCUCUACUCGUGGCCUGCUGGCGCGCUUCCCAGACCUCUAGGUUACCUUUUAUUAGCCGAACCUUUGCCCAUUGUUGGUAAGAUCGCCCUGGGGCUUGUGGAACGGUAUUAUCUCGAGUCUGAACCUUCCAUACGGGCCUGGCUUGGGUAUCUCUUCCGUUCUCGAUCAAGCUCUUUGGCCGCACAUCAGUCAGGCUGGAAAAAAGAUCUAGACCGGCACGUCAAAGGCUACGAAUCAGUUAAAAGGACGGAUUACCGCUAUUCCUUGUUUUCCGGCGGUCACCGCUUCAGAAUUAAUACCGUUAACGAUCUUGAAUUCUACAUUGAUCCUCAGUUUGUCAGCAGCCGGUGGCUGAGUAUCUUACAAUAUCAACUAUUCCCUUCAACCGCACCGGCAUACAGCCAUCCAAAAAGCUCCACCAGGAUGAAACACCUCGUCAAUACUAGAUGUGUGCGCCGAGGGAGACCUCAACGGUCCAGCAGUCUACCUGCACUUCAUACAUGGAACACGGCAGCUUUAAAUAUUCAAUACAGGGUGGACUGUGAAGAUAGAUGGAUCAUCUACUUCCCUCGCCGCCCCCUGUCUGAACUUGAUAAGCUUUCACGCCGCAGGAGCUUGAGUCGAGCUCAUAUCCGAGCAAUGUUCACCGACAAACCCAAAGUGUUUGAGGAGCCUUCACAGAAACAGCCCAAGGAGAAACCCGGGAGUCUAUGUGCUAACUGUUCCCAGGAUAGAAACCAUCGUCCUUCGGCCUGUCCUAUGGGGUGCGGAUAUUGUAACUCGUCGGCUCACAAAGCGCAUACUUGUCCAAUUAAAGCGAGUAACCGAUGCAAAUGCAUGCCCUUUCCACAAUAUCACACUUGUUUCGACUGUGAUGUAAAUUGCAGCCGAAAGUGCGGAUGUCCAAGCCUCCCAGGCUCCGGCCACCACAAGAACGCAAUGCUCUGUUCCUACCGUUGCUGCAUGUGCGGUGCCAAGGGUCACUCAGGAAGAAAAUGCUCGCUGAAAAAAUGUCCGUGCGGGGGAAAUCAUCUCACUCAAGACUGCCGAUGGAAGGUAGAGUGUCCAGCUAAGAAUUGUAAUUUUUAUCUCUGCCACCUUCAUUGCAGGGAAUGUGGAAAGAAGAAGGACAAAGCUUCAAAGGAAAAAUUCGUUGGCAGGACCUGUCAAGACUGCUUGAGGAAUGGUAAACCUGUCUUAGCAAAGGCGGAGUUAGGGGAACGAAAUUAACUUAACAAAUAUUGAGAUUACAAUGGAUUCAUGAGAGUAAACGACAACGAGUUGCAGCGUUUACAGAUAGAUUUGAAUGUCUUUUCAGUGUCAGAGCGGCGUUAGAACUACCCGCUAUCGAACGUCGUGGACAGGACCGGCUCGUAGUCAACAUAUCCGAUCCGGCCAAGUGGGACGGGAUGAUCUGACUUUAUAAGUUCAUUCAUGACGCCCAAUCGACGUCAUCGAGGACUACCA